GAUAUGUUCUCGACUAUCAAAACAUGGUGGGAAGUUGGUGGAUUAUUCGACUUGUUUUGGUUACAUGGAUGAUGUAAACAAAAAUCAUGUUUUGUUUCUGACUUAAUGAACAGUUGUUUAUAUAGGCAAUGUUAAUUGGCAAGUCUCUUAUUGUAACUUCAUUCCCAAAUUAUUAGGGAGCAUGGUCUUGUGAACUAUGAUUUCGUUUGAUUCUAAUUUUGAAGGAAAUUAUGUAGGGAUAUGUGUACAGAUUUCAUUAAUAAUAAAAAUAUUAUUUGUUCGAAAUGAUUGCAUCAUUCCAUACACUUUGCAUCAUAGCUCAUUAUGUGUAUGUGGUACUAAGAGACACUUUAUCAGCUCGUUUUCAAUCAUAUGCAAUUAAUUAUAAUGAUCCAUUAACAUUCAAGGGUGGCAAGUACCUUAUAUCAAGUGAGUGUUAUAUUGAGGAGGGCUUUGGUCCUAGAUUUGUUCCUCAGUUAUUUGUGCAGCGUUAUCUCACUGUCAAAGGGGCAUUGGAGGAUGAAGAAUGGAAAGGAAGCAUCAGAAAGAUUGUAGAAUUUGGAUGUGCUGAGUUAGGUUUCUUCCUGUACUUGAAGAAACUGGCAGGUGCUCAGGAAGUUUUAGAAGUGGAUGUGGACCAUGAGGUUUUAGUAAAAAACUAUUGUAAAGUUUCACCUCUCAAUAGCGAUUAUCUAUUUCAACGGAAUGAACCUUUGACUGUCUUUGUAUUAGAAGGCAAUAUUGCUCACACUGAUGAGUGUUUAGAAGGGUGUGAUGCUGUAGUGUGUAUAGAAUUGAUAGAACAUUUGUAUCCUGAUGUUCUUGAAGAAGUGCCAUAUACAGUGUUUGGUUGUAUUAAACCGAGGGUGGCCAUAUUUACAACUCCGAAUGUAGAGUUUAAUGUAUUGUUUCCUAAUUCUGAAGGUUUUAGACAUCCUGAUCAUAAAUUUGAAUGGACUCGAGCUCAGUUCAAGAGUUGGGGCAAUAAUAUUGUUCUUCGGUAUCCUGAUUAUAAAGUUUCCUUUCAUGGCAUUGGAUGGGGUCCACAUGGCACAGAAAAUGUAGGAGCUUGCUCACAGAUGGCUGUGUUUCAAAGACAUAGUUCAACCACUAAUGAUAAAAGCUCUAUAGAAGAUGCUAGAAUUCAUAGUACGGAACAUAAGUACCAAUUGUUGAGGAAAAAUGAAUAUCCUUUUCAUGUAGAUACACGCUCACAAAAACAGAAGAUUUUGGACCAACUUGAGUAUUCUCUUCAAAUGCUAUCAACUUCAGAGGAAUUUAUGGAAAAUUCUCAAAUUCUGAUUCCUGUAUUACGCCUUCUUCCUUUUGUUAAACAAUGGAAUACUUCUGAGAAGGAAGUUCAAGAUCUACUGAAAGAAGCAGGAUGGAACAUUCACGAUCAACAAUCAGGAAAUGUAGUAGUUUUUCCUGAAUAUGAAUCAAGCAUUUCAGAAGAUCCAGUUGAGUGUGUCACUUACGAAGGCACAUAUAAUGAAACUCAGGAGCAUCACAGGGUUGAGAAUUGGGAUGAUUAUUCAUUAGAUGCCUCAUCAGAGAAAUGGGAUUGUGAUUCAUUAGAUCAAAAUAUUCAAUCUGGUGCUUCCUGGAAUAACAGUUGGAGCAAGCAAAAUGAACCAUCGUGGACACUUUCUUCUGUGAAAGAAAAUGAUGAAUACAGAGAGGAAAGUGUACCAUCUACUUCUGGGCACAACUUAGUUAAUGAAGUUUGUUCUUCAACCACAUCUGAUAAUGUCAAGACAUUUAUUGAUGACAAGAAUGCCACCGAUUAUGAAUUACCUUGUGGUGUUGACAUUGCUUCUAAACACACUAAUGUGAGUGAUAAUUCUAGGGCACAAAUUAUUGAAGAAAUAGAAAAUUCAAUACCACUUUUUAUUAGUGCAUCAGAUAAAAGUGAAAGUACCAAAAUGAAGUCGGAGGAAGAAGUAGAAAAUUGUGAUGAACAGAUAUUAAGUAGAAAUGUUAUAGCUAACUCAAGCAGUUCUUUUUUGAGUAAUAAUAUCACCCAACCACUAUUAAUUUCACAGGAUUCAUCAGAAAGGACAACUAAUAAUGUAUUAGUAGAAGCAUAUCAUCAAACAGAUGCACCCUUACGUUUCCUAAAGUCUAGUCCUAGUAGUAAUUUGUACCUGAACCUGCAAGCUGAAGCACAGGGUACUAAUUUUGAAACUAAUAAGAAACUUGAAGGUUUUACUGACAGCCCUGCUGCUGGCAGCAUCUCACUGGAAGAACCCAAUGAUCGAUUAGCAGAUAGUGGCUAUCCCAACUCUAACUCUGCCCAAGACAUGGAUCUUGACCUCACACCUGAACAAGUGGAUGAACUUUUCACAGAGAAUGAUGCUGUGACAGAUCACCCACAUGAUCAUCAUUCAGAUUCUGUUUCAGUCUCCAGCAGAGACAGUGAUAGCGUUAACGAGCCUCAACCACUACCUCAACCUCUUCCUUUAGUCAUGCCUCAACCUGAUGUUUUGUUUGAGGAAGCUAUGAAUGUCGAAAACGGAGACGUUGCUAAUAACAAUCGUGAUGGUGAAGGAAAUAAUGUAGUGGCUGUUAGGGCUCUUCUCAAUGAAGGUGGUAAUGACGUAGGGGAUGACAAUGCAGGGGCCAUGGGCAUUGUAUUACCUGAGAAUUUAGAUGAUCUUAUACCUUUGUUUGCUGCUGCAGAAGACAUAGAUAAUGAUAACGAAGUAGAAAUAAACGUUGAACCUUUUCCACCAUGGCUAUUAAAUAUGUUGGGUCUUGCUAAUGGUGGUGGUGCCAUUGGAGGUAGAGGAGUGAAUGAAGAGGAACAAAGUGAUCAUGAACAUGAAAGUAGUGAAGAUGAAGAUGAAGAUUCAGAUAAUAAUCCGGUAAUUGAUGAGGGACUAGGGGAUGAGUUCAACUUGGAUAGCAGUAGCCUCAGUGACACAUGCCCAAGUGAUUUAGGGUUAGAGUCUGAUGUUGGUGGAGAGGUUGCUGUAGCAAACUCGUAAUAUCACUUAUUUCUCAGAAUAAUACCAAAGGAGGGAUCACUGUGAAGUUUCUGGAUGAUUUUUGUUUUGCGGAUAGGUGCUAGGAAAACUUAAUCAGAGCCUUAAUGUAGUCUUUUUGUAUAUUUGUAAUAAUGUGUGUUGUGAUCUCAAUUGCACAUUUUGAUGGCAUGUUUGAUGUCAAUGUGGUGCUAUUAACUGUAUUUCUAUUUGUUGUCGCAGUCCCACAAAAUCCUCCUAAGUGUUAUCUGAUAAAUGUUUGUUCUACAAACAGUCAUUGGAUUAUACCAUAAAAUGGUAUAUUUUUUUCUUUUCAGUAUAUCAAAAAAUAUUUUCAUAAUUUUUGUUUUAUAAUUUUCAGGUGGAUGUUUGUUUUUAAGUAAUUAUCCAGGUCAUUUAUGAGCAAUUUAAGAAGUAUGUAGUUUAUCUAGAUAAAUUAAGAGUCUCUUGCUCAUAUUGAUAAUUUAUUAAGCAUUUAUUUUUGUUAAAGAUAUACUUUAUUUGUUUUGUUAUAAAGUCUCGUAUUAUGAAAGUAAAGAUUGAAUGUAUGUUAUAGUUUCUCAAAUAGUUUUAUCAAUAUUAUGAUAAAGGUAGUUUGCACAAUGAAGUACUAAGACUGAUGAGUCAUAUCAUUCUCUUUUUGAAUCCAAAAUCUAUGACACUGCCAUUCCCUUGCCUGUGUCUUUUGCUUUGUAGAGAAAAUGUAUGUGUGUUGCACUUUCACUGAAACUUACUUUAUGAUUUUGACUGAAGUAAUUACAAAUAAAAGAUUUUAAAUACAUAUUUUUAGGAUGUGAAAUACGUAGUUUAUAGUCUUAAGGGUACAAUGUUCAUGUCUCUGAGAACACAAAUUUUCAGCUCACACUUAAGGAGUACGUGUUUGGCAUGUUUAACUCUUGUAUGUUUCGAAAAAAUAUAUAUUGCAAGCAGUGUAAAGGAAUGGUAUGGCUCAAAUUUCUUCACAAAAUAAAACAAGUGUGAGUUAUUAAUGAUGGCUAAUGAAAAUGAACAAUCUAUGUGCCUAUCUUUUGAAUUACAUCUUGUAGGUAUGUGUGCUUUCAUUUUAACAGUUUUAGAGAGAUCAAUAAUUUUUUGUAUAAUGGUUACCAUAAGUGUGCCAAAUCUAACACUUUAUUUAUGAUUAUAUUUUAAUUUGCUGGAAAUAGCAUUGCAACAACAACAAAAAAAUCUUAACUAAUAGGUAUUUUUCUCAUGCAUGGCUCAAAAGUAGCACAAAACUAUUUUCUACUUCUCAGAGACCUACCAGACAACCAGGUACUGUUGAUGGUAUUAAAUGUUCAUAAGGUUCUUGAUUCUCUUUAAAUGUUGCCUUUUACCACCUUUUUUUGUUUUUUUAGUCCUUAAUGCAUUUCACAGAUUUUAGGAACUGUGUAGUUUUCCUUUGGAAUCAAGAACUUGUCUGUUGUGAAUACCGUAAUACACUUUGCCUUGUGCUGCCAAUGCCUUAUUGUUUAUGUGUUGUUGAAUGUAUCAUUCAAAAGUCAUCAGAUGUUGAACUGUGAUGAGAAAUUUUGUUAUUCAGAUAAUUGUACUUAAUGCAUUUGUAAGAAAUUCUCUGAUCUUCCAAGCAUAAACUUUCCUUUUUGAGCUUUUA